AUGGCUUCGAAGACCCAAACCGAGGUCGAAACGAAGAAGGCGACGGCCCUUCUUCUGCAGAACGUAGAGAGGACCAACACGGCGCCGUUAUGGCUUCAGAUGGCUCGUUACAACCCACCACUGCCCAAUCCGACAUGUGUCCCUCACGUGUGGAGAUAUGCGGAUAUCCGUCCUAACCUCCUGCAAGCGGGCGAGCUCGUGCCCGAGGAACAGGCCGAACGCCGUGUGCUCAUGUUCGUCAAUCCUGCUCGCGAGGCGCCUUAUACCACAGACACGCUGUACACCGGCCUACAGCUUGUCAUGCCCAACGAGACUGCCAAGGCCCACCGCCAUACCGCUUUCGCAUUGCGCUUCAUCAUCGAGGGCGAAGGGGGCUUUACUGCAGUCCAUGGCAAACGCAUCAAGAUGAAGCGGGGUGAUGUGAUUCUCACCCCGUCAUGGAAUUGGCAUGACCAUGGCAAAGAUGGCUCUGGUCCGAUGAUCUGGCUUGACGGUCUUGACCUUCCAAACUUUACAUAUUUCCCAGUGCACUUCGUGGAGCAUUUCGCAUCUCCGCGAUACCCAGCGACGGAUGUUGAUGCAUCUACGUCUCCUCUCGUGUUCCCAUGGGCCAAGAUGCAGGCUGCUCUCGACAAAGAGCCCGAAGAUUCCGUGACCCUACUGUACCUUCAUGGAGAUGGAAGAGAGGUAAGCAAAACUAUAGGGGCAUCGGCCACCCGGAUUACCGAGGGAAAGUCAACGAAGAAGGUGCAAGAGACCGCCUCAUCGGUGUAUCAUGUAGUGCAAGGAUCUGGCCAAAGCGUGAUCAAUGGGGAAACGUACUCUUGGCAGCAAGGAGAUACAUUCUGCAUCCCUUCGUGGCAUGCGUAUCAGCAUUUUGCCGGCGCUGGGCCGGGCCCGACAUACCUGUACAGGUUUGAUGACAAGCCAAUGCUCAGAUCCCUAGGAUUUUACAGAACCUCCGAUAUGGAUACAGACACACUUGUAUCUGAAUAA